AUGAACCGUAUCUCCGCUUGGUUGGAUUCGCAUCCUCUAAAUCCCGAGGGCUACGAUUGCGACGACCACUACCGUCAACGCCAACCUAAACGGCGUUGCCUCGGCGCCAUGUCGCCGCGAGAAGGCCUCCGUCGCUCUCCACGCAAGCACGCAUCUGCGCCCAUCACGCCGCCGCUGC